ACAAGCAAGCAUCACGUCUCAGUACAUCAUGUUUUUGAUUGCAUAUGCAAAAACGCGUGAAAAUUGCUGAAAUUUUCAGGUACUUGAGCAAGUAGGAUUAUUGCACUCCCGAAGCAAAUUUGACAGCUCUCCUGCCAAAGCGCUGGAUCUCGCCGCGCAGCAAUUCAUUAACUAUGGGCGAUCGACGGCCAACAAGCUCGUCAUUUUGGCGCAUGACGGCAUAUCCACCGAUCUCAUCGCAGAAACACUGGAAGCUAGGCAUGAAUUAAUCGCUGUCAGUUCGCGCUUGCCAAAACAAUUUUUUACUGCCCACGCAACAUGA